CGGUCCUCUCUCUGAUACGAUAGAUCCUCCUCCACCUCUUCGCUCCGCCCGCUCCACCUUCGGCUCCCCCGAACCCUGCCGACAAGCGCCCACACCCUCGUCCAGCCACCAUGGGCCCACGCGUCGUCAUUGCCGGCAUCUCGGGCGCGACCUGCAGCGGCAAGACGACCCUCGCCAAGCACCUCGCCCGCAUCAUCCCCUCGUCGAUCCUCCUCUUCCAGGACGACUUUGCCCCGCCCGCCGAGCAGAUCCCGGUCGAUCCUGAGCACGGCUGGCAGGACUGGGACGACGCAAAGGGCGCCAUCCUGUGGGACAAGCAGCGCGACACGCUGCGGCGCAUCCGCGAGACGGCCAAGGUCCCCGACGAGCACUUUAGCCACGACGCGUUCAACGAGCAGUACCUCGGGCCAGUGCCGAUCUCGGAAGAGGUGCAGCAAGAGUGGAGGAACAAGUUCGAGGAGCUGCUCGAGCGGCAAGAGGGCGACAAGCCAACCAUCGUCAUCGCCGAGGGCUUCCUCAUGCUCGUCGAUCCCGAGAGCGUGCGCCAGUUCGACGUGCGGCUGUUCAUGCGGGAGGACUAUGCCGUUCUGAAGCAGCGACGAGAGGACCGGCACGGCUACCACACGGCGGUUCUCGCCGACGCAGAAGGAUCGCUGUGGAAGGACCCGCCCGAGUACUGGGACAAGUGCGUCUGGCCCGCCUACCUGCGCGCGCACGCCCCGCUCUUUGUCUCGCGCGACGUCGAGCACGGCGCGUUCGACCCGCACGCGAUCGACGGCGUCGAGCUCCUCGAGGCCAACGAGCUCGGCAUGGAGGCCAUGGUCGUGCGAGCGUGCGAGGCCAUCUACGAGGCGGUCGAGAGCGGCAAGGGGAGGGAGCGGUGGGCGGCGCCGUAGAGCGAGCGAGCCGAGGAAGCGCAACUAGAUCUUCUAUCUCU